UUGUUUUCUUUACAGUGCCAUCUUUUCAGGUUUUAGUUCAUUAGUCCUUGAUCAGUGAGGUUGUCGAUUAAAGAAUGGUGCAAUCUUCGAUAUUUUUGUAAAAUUUAAACAAUCAUUGAACAUGACGUGAUAUUGAAUAAACAUGAACUUUUUCGUCAUGCUGCGAAGACAUUAUCUCGUAAAUUGUUGUCAAAAUUGGUACGGCAUUGACGACGUCAGGGGUUAAUUUGCAGUUGAUGCCAUCGACCGUCUGUUGGUUUCAUUUAACCUUGUCUACUUCGCAAGACGUAAGUCGGGUUUCUGACCUGUCAGAUUAGGCGGGAUAAGCGUUGAGUUUUCUCAUGACUGAAAUUACCAAAAAUUACACAUUUCAAGUGAAUAGUCAAUCUAACAGGAACCAUGGCGUCUAAUUCUAUUGCUGUCCAUGUGUUGAUGAAGAAGGGUAAGCGUGGUGCAGCUGCAUAUGUGCACGCAGGUUGCGCAAAUUCAGCAUCACCACAACAUCUUUGUGAAUUAUUGGACGUGUUGCUAAAUCCAGAGAAAACUAUUGAUGAGUGGGAAACCAUUGAUUGGGUCAAAUGGUUGAUGGCUGGUGGACGAACACCAGAUGAAUUUUCUAGUAUAGUUCGUAGGUAUGACAAUGCUACAACUUGUGGGCUAGUGUGGACAGCUAAUUUUGUGGCAUAUCGAUGUCGUACGUGUGGCAUCUCCCCUUGCAUGUCUCUCUGUGCUGAGUGUUUCCAGAAAGGGAACCAUGAUGGGCACGACUUUAAUAUGUUCCGAAGUCAGGCAGGGGGUGCUUGUGACUGUGGAGACACAUCUGUCAUGAAAGAGACUGGAUUUUGUGAUCGUCACGGACCUAAAUCUCAGGUGAACAAACCAUCAGCGCCCAGUGAUUUGAUGUGUGUGGCUGAGGCAGUGAUGCCUCGCAUCAUACUGCGGCUCAUUCAGCACCUCAGAGAGCACAGUAAACCCGGUGCACCUGAUUCAUAUCUGAUAGCCAUCCAGGAUGCAGACUCAUUUCUGACGAUGCUUCAUGACUUCAGCGCAAUGGGUGCUGCCAUGAGGCAAGUGAUGACUGGUGCACUUACCAACCCUCAAAUCUACAAGAAUCUCACAGACUGCAGCUUGGAAAGUGCCAGUUCUUCAGAAUAUCAUGCCUAUAUGGUCGAGAGCAAACAUAUUUAUGGAGAAGCCAUCAAAUCUCUUCCAAAUCCUGAACCACCAGAUGAGUACAAAUACUGCCCAUCCCUCCAGGAACAUCUGGUACAUCGAACGUUCCUUGAAGAACUGGUGUUCUGGACUGUAAAAUUUGAAUUUCCACAGAAAGUUGUUUGUCUGUUGCUCAACAUGUUACCAGACCCUGAUUAUAAGGAAGCUUUAACACAAGCGUUCGUUCUGCACUACAGUCGAAUUUCAAUGAUGUUGGAACGCUCAACCGAUCCCGAUACACUUUCCAACAGAGUGGUUCAUGUUAGUGUUCAAUUGUUCAGCAACGAGAGCCUAGCGUUCAGGAUGGCCGAACAUUUAAACUUGCUUCAUGUUAUGGUGAUAAGCCUCAAGUACAUGAUGAGCAAGAUUCUUCUCCAGAACACCCUGCAUGAUCCUGACAAGAAUUUCCACUUUGUGGUAGACUGCGCACUUAAUGUGAUGAGAGAGCACUGUUAUUGGCCUCUGGUUUCUGAUCUGAACAAUGUGCUGUCACACCGUCCAGUUGCGGUCAAGUUCAUGAGUGAUGACAACUUGCUGGAGAUGUGGUUUGCGUUCCUGUCGAUGUUUCAAGGUAUGAAUGUGAACCUCCGAGAAACAUCUCAGCACGUCGAAUUUGAGCCCAACACUUACUAUGCAGCAUUCUCAGCUGAACUUGAGGCAAGUGCGUACCCCAUGUGGGCCUUACUGUCACAUCUGUCGGACUCCAGCACAGUGGAACUAACUCGACGGGUUCUCAACAGCUGUCAGAUCGCAUUGCAGGACUGGCUGGAUGCCAUCCAUUUCACUCACCCACAUAUGAAUGAUAGCAAUCAAGUGUCCUUUCAUCUACCGUUGCAUCGAUAUUUGUCAGUAUUCAUGUGUCAGGCCAUCAAACACCAGGGUCUGUCUCUGAAGGAUGUGCUGCCACCAAGGGACGUGUUAAUGCUCAUCAUGAUGCACCCCCUUCGUGUUCAGGUUGCGUUUUAUGAAAUCCUGAGGGACAUGUGGGUGCGGAACGGCCUGCAAAUCAAGGGGCAGGCCAUGACAUACGUCCAGUGUAAUUUCUGCAACUCCAUGGUAGAUGCAGAUUUGUACCUCUUGCAAAUCUGUGCUACCCAGAUCCCCCCAGAGAUUUUCCUCACCACAGUCAUCGACAAGUUCCAUGUUAUGGAGUGGAUGAGCCUGGCUCCCUGUGUGGUGAAUGACGACUCAUUCCAGGAUGGGGAACAUGACAUCCCGAUGCUGGAGAGCUGCCUUACAUUCCUCGCGACGCUCAUGAACAUACGGACAAAUCUAGGUGUGAAUGAUACAUCACUCUCCCAGCUGGAGAUGGUGACUUUGCUAUGCAUGGGGGACAAGACCCACAGUCAACUAAUAGAGUUGAUGCCAGAGCGAUGUGGUGCUGGCCAAAGCAGAGAUUUUGAGGCUGUGUUGACUAAGGUUGCAGACUACAAGGCCCCGAACCUUGAAGCCAGUGGCAACAUGCAGCAGGGAAUGUAUGUCCCAAAACCAAACGUGUGGGAGGAGCUGUACGACCCAAUACAUGUCCUGUUGAGGGCCAUCCAUAGACGUGACUUCCAGACUUCCAUGGACAGAUUUACCGAAUAUGUCCAGCAAGUUAGUAAGUUCAAGGGCAGCGGAACACCCUGGCCCCCAUUUCGAAUACCGGCACCUUGCAAUCCAGCGUAUGAAGACCCCAGGAAGCUUCUGUGUUCUAGAGUGUUCCAUGCCAUGGUGUUUCUUGUUCUCUACAAGGCUGUGCAUGGACAGAAUGUGUCGGAACAUGUGAUGGCUCUUGUUAUAUAUCUUCUAGAGAUGGCAGUUGAGUCAGCAGAACCGUUCGACCAGUGGAGUCAGGUCUGUCCAGCUUCUCGACCAGAACCGAAGGAGAUAAAGGAUAAGGAUCUGAAUUCGUGGUAUAAAUCAGACUGGCUUUCCAGUAACCUGCGAACUGUCAUCAAUAUGAUUAAAGUGGAACCUGAACCAACAGUUGUGUUUGACAGUUCUGACAGUGAAAUAGAGUGGGAGACGUCAGAAUUGGAGGGAGAUAUUUCAGAUUUGCCGGUCAGUGCCGCAGUUGGUGGAACCGGUUCAGUGCUGAUGGUGGAAGGGAUACCAAUACAAGCAUAUGGCAUGCACCAAUCAUCUGGUGAGAAUUAUCAUCUGGCCCUCACUGUCCCACAAGGGGAAAUGGUGGUGGUGUCUUCCCCAGACAGUCCACGUCAAGACCAAGCAGCUCUGCCUUCCAUACAACACCAUCUAGCUGUACUGGCUGGCACUGAGAUGGUUCCUGCUGGCUCCACCAGUAGUUCCAGUAGUAGCAGCAGUGCAGGUACAAGCACUAGUCAGUCUGCUCUUCCCAGCAUACCCCAGCAUUUGGCACUCCUUGCAGGUACCGAGGUGGUACCAGCGAACAACCCCAGUCUUUCUGGUGCAUCAACGACAGACUUGAGUGUUGAGACGAGCUACCACUAUAUGCCCAGCGCUUCACCUAUAACAUUGCAUGGGGCACAUCAACAGAUGUCUCUAGCACCACAUAACUCCUCUGAGGUCCUAAUAUCUUCAUCUGGGUCUCGGAAAGGAUUGCUCAAGAAUAGAAGACGAGUAAUGGCUGGUACAUCUGUCUACCCAGAUAAAGUAGAAGUGAAUGAAAGCAUUAUCUCUCUCCUUCUGAAGCUCCAUUCCCAUCUCUCUGGUAACCCAGACAGCUAUAAUCCUGAUGAACCUUCCAGUAGUAGUAAUUUUGAUCCAUCAGUUGAUAGCCGGAUAGGGGAUGGCCCUUAUUUUGUUGCAAAACUGCUGCAGCGGAUAUCAUCGCUAGACUCGCUAUGCAGGGAAAACAUACAAGAGACACGGCAUCGUCUGUGGCCUCAGAAGCAGGAAGAAGGGGAAGAGGAACAGAGGGAAAAGGAAGCAAAGGAAAGAGAAGACAGAAGACGGAGGGCCAAGGAGAGGCAGCAGAAGCUUAUGGCGGAGUUUGCCUCAAGACAGAAACUGUUCAUGGAGAAAGCUAUGGAGACAGAUGAGGAAGGUUUGGCAGGAAUGGAUUGGAAUGAGGAGGAGGGAGCCUCAUUACUGGCUGCACGACGAGAAUACGACUGUGUGAUAUGUAGUCAAACAACAACUAGCGCCGAGGAUAAGCCAAUGGGUCUUGUUGUCCUAGUGCAAGCAACAAGUAUCUUAGGCCACAAGCGGCGGAAUGCAGAACAAUCGAUUCUACCGACAAGCGAAGAAGAACGUCAGAAUCUGCGGAGAGAUGACAGUCUGGCAAGUGAGUUUGACCGCCGUGUGGAGGAACUCGGUCGCCAGUUUAAUCCCUUGUCAUGGCUGUUAGCAGUGAAUCUUGGUUGGGAGGGUGGUGUUCAUGUGCAGACCUGUGGUCAUCACUUACAUUUGGACUGCCUCAAAUCAUAUCUCAAAUCCUUGCGCGGCCAACAACGGCAGCAAAGCCUAGCUGUUGACAGGGGGGAGUACUGGUGCCCUCUAUGUCGGCAGCUUGCUAAUUCAGUGCUGCCAUUGUCUCCGCAACUUGGUGAGGGCACAGCCAUUGUCAGAUCUCGACCAGCCAGUUUGCCUUCCAUAGUAUUUGAACUCACCAACUUGUUGACAGAAAAUCCACCUAAUCCAGUACCCUCAUCUUUAGCAGACGCAAUGGCAAAGGCAAUGGAAGAUAUGACUAAUGGCACUCACCACAAGUUUAAACAGAAAACUUCUUCACCUACACCACAGAGUUUGUUCCUGUUUGUAAGUUCCAUUGCAAGGACAAACCUGGAGGUGGAGCUGGUUCAAAGAGGAGGUUCACUUGUUACCUCUGCGAGCAGUUCUGGGCAUACGUCUGGCAGCAGUUCUGCCACCGGACUUGCCAGCAGUACCGUCUCUGACAACACUCUGAUACCACUCAAACAUAAACGCUCAUGUAUAGUGCCCCUCCUGCAUGUAUUGGCAAUGCAUGGCCGUCUGCUAGCGCGUUGGCCAGCCUGGCAUAUGUGGCAACAAGUGGCAGGAAUCAGAUCUGAAUCUAGGGCCGUAGCUCUUACGCCAUAUGAGAAGGAGGUGCCUCUUCUGCUACGAGAUCCUACUGCACUUUUAACACAGUUUAUUCUACUGCUCCCACUUCACUUAGAUCAAACUUACUUCUCGUGUAUUGUCAAAGUGUUGUACAACCUGCUGUACUUCCAAGUGGUGGCACAGCUGAGCUGUCACAUGACAGAACAGGAAAGAGCCCAGUGGCAUCCCUCUGACAGUGAACAGUCAAGCAGUUGUGGAAAUAUGAUGUCACUGGAUGAAGUGAUGGCUCUCGUUAUUGGGCUUCUUGAGGAGACUCACUUAUACCAAUUGGAGGACUUGAACUGCAGUAUUCAUGAGGGUGAGAUGGGAUCCAGCAUGGCUGUAUCAUUUCAGGGCAACAGGGACAGAGUGGAGCUGCAGGUGCAACAGCUGUGUUUACCUUUCCUGCGGAUAGCAGCUCUUUUACGCCACCAUCUGUACAAUCAGGCCCUCCCAGAUAUCACCACUGAGCAGUCAGAGUUUGUGCGGCUCGUGUACUACUUGGAGUUGGUUACUGAAGGGAUGGACUGGCGUCUUUUUAAUGCAGCUGUUGCUCUCAACUGGCCCACUGCUGGCAAUGAAACGGGUCAUGCCUGGUGUGGGGAGCUAGUUGUCUUUGUAAAUCGUAGCCAGAUUUCAGCACGUAACCUUCUUAUUGAUCAGCACCUCACGUGGCAUCAGCCUCGGCUACUUCGGUUACCUUACCUGUAUGAUAAGAUAUUUCAGUAUUACCAUCGCAGGCAGUGCAACCAAUGUCAUUCAGUACCACGUGAGGCCAGUAUUUGUCUGCUGUGUGGAACGUUGGUCUGUCUUAAGGAGGCGUGUUGCAAGCAGUCAAAUGUGUGUGAAGCUGUGCAACAUGCUAUCGACUGUGGAGGGGGCACUGGAAUGUUCUUAGUGGUGACAUCGUCGUACAUAAUUGUGAUCCGAGACAAGCGUGCCUGUCUGUGGGGCUCUGUCUACUUGGACAGCUUUGGGGAAGAGGACCGUGAACUCAAGCGUGGUAAACCACUCUACCUCAGUGCUAGCCGUUAUCGGCUGUUAGAAGAACAGUGGCUUUCCCUUCAUUUUGACCACACGAACAAGAAGUGGAUAUGGCAUCGUGACGGACUGUGAGAUAGACAUAGCUAUAUUAGCAAAUGAAGUAAGUUUGUGGAGUGCUACAUCAAUCACGUCUCUGACUUCAUCAGCCACCAGAUUACUGGUCAAAGAACCACCAGUCUCUUUCACACCAAAUAAACACAGCCCUAUAAGGAUACAGAGCCAGCCCGACAUGUUUCACACUCGUACAGGUGGGCUGCAUGAGUUGUAUGCCAGAACAAAUUUCAGAACAGGAGGUUUUCAGAGAGUGAAUGUUGAAUUAUUCUUUCUACCAGGGUGUAUCUGUGGAUUUGUAAAUCUGUUUUGACUUUGAAGAGGCAGAUUAUAGUUGUCUGUAUUAUCAGUCCACAUUUCUUGCUUUGUACUUACAAAAUUAUGAAUGUUUAUCCCCACUUACUGCAAAACCUAUCUCUACAGGUUAUGCAGGAAUUGCCAAUCUGUAAACAUAUAAAUGUAAUGACAGUGAGCUGCAUGGCUUGGGGUUCAGUUCCUGGCAGGAGCAGUUUUUAUCUUCACCAGCUCAUCAAGACUGAUCUGUGCAUCCUGUCUAGAGGUACCAGGGGACUGUCUCUCUGGAAGUAAAGUGGUUGUGACAUGAAGCUGAUCACUGGCAUUCAUUAGUACCUGGAUUAAGAAUGUGUGAAGCAUUACUGCCAUUCUCCCAUGUAUCCUCAUGGUGGGAUGCUUGAACACGGGAAGAAAUCUUUAUUUUACAGAGAGAAGUCUGUGCCCAUUGUAAGAAGAAGGUGUAAAAAUUAACCAUGACUAAGCAGCUUAUGCCAUAUUGUCUCAUUUGGUUCAUUGGUCAUUGGUGGAGUUACACUUAUAAGUUUGGCAGCUUGAUAUUACCUGUCAUUCACAGUGAUGAUCACUGAUGAUGAUUGACUGUAGCAAUGAGAAAAUUCACUUCUGUUCUGAUCGCUCUGUGGUCUACACACGCCAUGUAAGCAGUUGAGGGUUGAACAUUAUUUGCGGUGAAGAUUAUCUGUCAUCGCUUUUUAUCAGGUCCUGGAUAAUUAAUGGGGAACAAGAAUGAACUGUAAAGAAAACUGAUGAUUCACUAAAGGUAAGAUCAGAAACACACUGCUGGUGAAUAAAUGGAAUGAGCUGCAUAAUAUUCAUCUAAAUUGGAUUGAUAUGACAGUCUUUUAUAAUCCAAGACAAUAACACUAUAUUGUUGCAUUACAUUCCUUAUUUAUGAAUUUAUAUUUUGAGACAGGGAACUGGUCAUCUGAGGGCAAAGAUCGUCAAAAGUCAAAGGAUUCCUUGUUAUUUUCACAGUGUGCAGGUAUUUUUGCACGGAUAUCACAGUCUAGACUUGAGGUUAUGUCUGCUGUGGUUCACAGUUCACAUGAAUUUAUAUGUCCAACCUGCCAGAAUUCUCAUUCAUUCUAUUAGUGAAGAACAGUAUCUUCCCUGUGGAUACUUCCCUCUCAUAAAUGGAUCUCUUCAUCUCGCCUGACAGGCAAAGGCCAGCCAUACCUGGAGCAUUUACUACAACAUAUAUCGAGACACUCGGUUAUGUUCAUUUUCGUGGUAUUUCACAAAGAGAAAAAUGUGUGAAUUCAGAAACAAGCCAUGAAUAAAAAAAAAUCACUGAUAUCAGACCUGCCACAAACUAUUGCAUAUAUUUAUGAGAAUGUCAUAUUUUUCGGGCUGUAAGGUGCAUCCAGAUUUUUUAAGGAGAUUUUAGGGGGAAAUAACAUGCUAUGCCUUCAGUCUUCGACCUGCGUGCAGAUUUUAGAUACCAUUUUCCAGUGGGGGGGGGGGGGUGUAUAUGACUUAUCCUUUGUAAAAUAUGUUAAUUUGUGACCAAGCAAUGUGAAGUAAUAUUUGUGAGUGCAAAGUUGUGAGUUUGUGUUUGAUUUCAGUGCUGUAAUGUUUGUAUUGUGUGUCUACGAAUAAUCUUGUUAUAUUUGGAUUCAGAUCUCUGCAUUUGAUGACAGCCAGUGAUAGGUUAUCCCAAGUGCAGAGUUUUAUCAGUGCCACAUAGUCCCAUGAGGAACACAUUUCAAAGUCAAAAAUUAUGUGAAGUUUUUUCUUGGAAUGUUCUCUUCUUUUCUCAUUUCUCCACUCUUGUUAAGUUUUCAUCUGUCAUAAAAUUCAAACAUGGGUCUGCAUACAGCAUAUUUUUCAAAGUUGUGUAUAUUUGUCACUCUGGGAUACUAGUGUUCUUUCUCAUUGGCAUGAAAUCGGCAGGAGCUUUAUCUUUCAAUAUUAUUGCCUCCUUGCAUAUUAUACGAACACUAGAUUUAGUAUCACAUGCUUCUUGACAUUUUGAGAAAUAAGUGUAAUUUGUUGUUCUUAAAAUGUGUAUUUUGUAAAGAAAUUAUUUAACAAUUGUGUGAUUGAAUUCAAAGAUUUUAAGUCUCUGCUGUCUCAACUCACACAACUUUGCAGUGACAGAUUCAGAAUCUGUUGUGUAUUUUCAUAUUAAAUUAUACAGCCCAAACAUUUAUUACAUCUACAGCAAAAGUUGCCACUGGGCCCUAGUGGGAUAAAAUAUUAAAACAUCUUGCAGAAACAGAAAAUGAGGGUGUAGUCUGGAUUCAAGUAGUUCAUGAUAGGGUGCACUGUAAAAUUUUAUAAAAGUAGUGAUGAAUCUUGAGGUUAUUUAAUCCUUCAGUCAUACCUGGUCCAUACCACAUAUAGAGACUGGCACUGAAAGGUUAAACAUAGGCAAUUUCUUAUCGAGGUGAACAGCCGAACCACGUAAUUUAGUAUUUGAAUGUCAGUCCCUACAUUUACAAUCUGUGUGUGUGUGUUGAGUACCAGUUGAAAUAGAAAUUGAGUGAUUGCCUUUUAUGGGUAGUUUCUUAUCCCCUUUAUGUAUGCAAAGGGUUUUUCAGAUAUUUUUUUAUACCAAACAUGUGUGACAUCAUAUUGGGUGCCAUAUCUUGUGGUCUGAGUCAAAAAUUAGUUUCCACACUGCAUAAAAAAAAUCUAAAAAUUUCAGGAUCAUUAUCACCAUGAGGGCUUUAAAGUUUCAAAUUAAAUAACUCUUAAUACUUCAGAACAAAUAUGAAUUUAAAAACUGCAUAGUGUAAAAUGACAAACAGGAAAAUUAACUUUCAGUAGUAAGUAAUGGAAAGUUUGAGAUUUAGUGUUUAACCUGAGAGGGAAAUUUUUCUUGCCUAUUCUCCAUUUUUAGUAAAACUUGGGACAUAUAUGUAGUGUGUGUGUGUGUUUGUAUAUAUAUUUCUUCAUUACAUUUAAGUAUGUUUUGUCCUAAAAAAAAUCCAGUUCAUGGCAGAAAAUUCUGUGCCACCCAGAGAGAUGGUUCCAUUUACAUUUAAAUUCUCAAGUAUUUGGUAACUUCAUAAUCGACACUGCCCAUAACAUUGUGAACUCACGUUGCAGACCAAAUAAUGAUUAAAGUCUAUGCAAACAGAUCAGUCAUGUUUAAAUUUGCCUGAAUUUAGAGUAGUUUUAUUUUACUUAUAUUCACAUUUCCUUUAUCUAAAUUUAGUCGGAAUGUUGUCAGAGUGCUGCAUACAAGUAAUUAUACGGUAAUUAUAUGAGUGCAUAGUAUUUUGCAAAACAAAAGUACAUAAAAAUGUAUUUCAGUCAUAAAUGAACAUUUAUUUUUGCACAAAUUUGUGCAGGAAUCCACCACAAUUAAGAGUGUAAGUUCUUUUGUGUUUGCAUAUACUUCAUAUUGAAGUGCAGUGUUGUGAUUGCUCGUUAUCAAUCACGUCCAGUAAAAGUGUUUGAUGUGUUUGCUCAGGCUACUUCGAUUCAUUUACAGUGUUCGUUAAAAAAUUGUUAUCAUUCUUCAUUAACUUGUCUUAUUUGUACAAAAAAUUACUUGGCCAAUGUCAGAAAUAUCAUCAGUAUAAGAAACUCUGUAAUUCAAGUAUCUUCUGUUGUGGGUGUUAAGUAUUGUUAGUGUAAGUUGCAGAUCUGCUGUUCUGGAUUCUUAAUAAAGGCCACACGUCGUUAUGAAGAGAUCCAUGUAUGGUGGGGAGCGUCAUGUUAAUCUGUCAAGCAGUUAAAUAUAUUUGUAAUCAAUUGUUGGGUAUUUUGCAUUAAGUAACAAAUGUAAUCCUUUCAGCAUUAUUUGUUUAAAGAAACGUGUGCAAGAUGUGUACUGACAACCACGCAGUGCACACAUUUAAAUUAUGGCUCACUGCUAAAUAUUAAGCACUUUCCCUGAUAUAAUAUAGAUGACUUAUGUUACUUGUACUGUUGAAAUGCACUCGGUUCUGCUUUGCAGGUGAUGAAGACAAACCAUAUUUUAUGUAACACCACUGGAUAAUAAGAAUGUUGAUUAUGAUAAUAAAUAUUCAUCAACCAAGGUC